AUGGCAAUCAAUUCAAUUUUACUGUUAUCACCGAACAAAUAUCCAGACAACUUGUCACCGCAUUUCUGUGAAGCCAGCCUCAGAGCGACCAUCAACAAAAUCAAGUCCAUUUAUGGAUUGAAUUCGCCUCGUGUGCAAAUUGAAACGGUAACCAAUAUGAUCAGCAUUAUACACGAACUCGACAUCGAAGCAAUCAGCCACAGCCAAGCGAUUGUGAAACUCCUGCAACUUGAUCUUUUGCCAGAUGAACGCAAAUUUGCCAAUGGCCUGGCCGAGUUAGUAAAGAAGUUGCCUCGUGUGCCAAUUGAAGAGGAUGUGAACGAAUCCGAGCUUAAUACCCGAUUCGUUGAUACGUUUUUAUGUGGCCUGUUUGAUGAUCCUGAAGAAGGGGUAUUUCUCCGAUGGACAAACGACAUAACAUUCGAAGCGCGAAAAAACGAAACCUUGUGGACAUCUCGUCCCGAUCUUACCAUUACAAGCUUGAAAGGUGUGAAAUGGUCGACCAGCCAUGGAUACGGUGAAGUAAAAUCAGCAUGCCACGAAGCAAACAACUUUUUGUUGUCGAAGGACCUGAUCCGAGUGGCGAUAUUUUACAAGAAUGCCCUCGACGCACAAAACUUGGAGGGUAUUCUAGGUUUGCAAAUCAUUGGACGAUCCAUUACCUUCUAUCUCUUGGUGUUGCCAUCCGAAGGCCUCUAUGUCAUGUAUGAAUUAGGGACUCUCCAGCUACCGAAUAACUUGAGUGAUUUACGCAAACUGCUGAUGGAUAUGCCACUUGGUUUGCUUGUCCUUGAUGUCUUCCAUCGACUCUGCAUCCGCUCUGUCAAUCCCUUUCAACCCUCGCGACACCGUCCAACUGUCUCUGUGUCCAAUUUCGAUGGCAUCUUUUCAACUUCACAGGAUCGCAAGCGGUCUUGCCAUUUGAAGAAAUACAACUAA